UUUCUUCACGCAAAUGUGCUCAGAUUUAUUCGGCAAAGGGAUACCAUACUCUGCAGAAUUCAAUCAACAGGCUGUGCAAAAAACCAACCACCAAUAUGGUGGCCGACACAAUUUCAAGGGGACAAAUAUGGUGAUGACACAUGGCUCGCUCGAUCCAUGGCAUGCUCUUCGUAAUGAAACGUGUGACCCUUCCAAUAACUGCUUUUUGAUUAA